UUCAAAUUUUGGUCUUUCAAGACAACAGGAAGCUCGAUCCAGUCUUUUUUAUAGAUCAGAGGCUUCCAGGAAGAGCAGCAACAGCAACAACAGCAACGGCAGCAACAAAAUUUAUCUGUGGUCACCACAUGCAUUUCGAAUAUGGAGGAGCUUUACAGAGAGGCAUCAAGUGUUAUAGAACAAGCAAAGUUGAAAAAAGGAAGCGUGAAAGGGCUUUGUUUUAACAGUAGUCUUGCUAAUAAGAAGAAGCUUUAUGCCCUGGUUUGCCAGACAUUGAAACACCAAACAGUCCUAAGCCAAUUGUUAAAGCAGAUUGAUGAAGAUGAUGCAUUUGACAAGUUGGAUGAAAGCUUGCAGCUGGUCCUAGCUUAUGACAUUUUGUUUGGAAGAGGUAUUAGAUGUGGUGGUAGAAUUGGUCAUUUUGUGCGAAGCAAUAAAAGACAACUUUUUCACUUGCUUGAUGAAUUCCAGAAAACUAAUAAGAGUACAGAAUGUGUUGCAAAUGACACAGUUUCUUUGCCAAGAUAUGUCAGAAUUAAUACUAUUAAAACUGCCAUUGAUCAAGUUAUCAAAAAACUGGAAUCUGAAGGUUGGAAAUUUGUGAAUAAGAAGCUAGAAAACCUUGGUGAGGACGAGUUUUUUUCUGACCAACAUAUUCCAGAUUUGCUUGUAUUUAGUCCUGGUACUGAUCUCCAUGAGCAUCCUUUGUACAUAAAUGGUCACAUCCUCCUGCAAGACAAGGCUAGCUGCUUACCUGCAUUUCUCCUGAAACCAGAGCCAUCGUCAACUGUGAUUGAUGCCUGUGCUGCACCAGGAAACAAAACAACUCAUCUGUCAGCCAUUAUGGAAAACCAAGGGAAAAUAUAUGCAUUUGAUUUGGAUGUUAAAAGACUACGCUUAUUGAAAAGUCAGCUGAAGAAAGCAGGCACAAAAAACGUGGAAGCAAUGCACCAGGACUUCUUGAAAGCAGACCCCAAAGAUAAAAGAUUUCAAAAUGUCAAGUAUAUCUUGUUAGACCCGAGUUGUUCAGGAAGUGGGAUGGUGUCUCGCAUGGACCAUCUCUUGGAUAACGAGUCUGACAAUACAGAAAGACUACACUCUCGCCUUGAAGCAUUAUCGAAAUUCCAGUACGCCAUGCUGUGCCAUGCUCUGUCCUUUCCACAAGUCAAAAAAGUCUCCUAUUCAACUUGUUCCAUUCAUGUUCAGGAAAACGAAACUGUGGUGGAAAGGGCUUACAAGCGCUUCUCUGACAAGUUUUCAAUGAUCAAAUUGCUGCCACAUUGGGAGCAUCGAGGGCUGGAGUCAUCGGAACUAGGACCCUACUGCUUGCGUGCGAGCCCAGAUGUUGAUAAAACAAAUGGUUUCUUUGUUGCUGUAUUUAAAAGAAUGCAAGGAAGCGAAAGCCAAGAAUUGGAAAAAAGUUGCACUGCAUCGGAUGGCAUUAGUAAGAAACACAGAUCAAGGAAAAGACGGGGGUCAGAUCUAUCUGAAGUGGUUUGUGAACGUUCACGUACUUUAAUAAAGUCUUCAGAUACACAUCCAAUGCCUAAAAAAAGCAAAAAUGAAUUAAAAAGGCGGAAGAAGAGAGGUAUUAAACUUCCGGUAACUUUGAAAUGAAAUAUUGCUUGGGUUGAAAAUUGUUUCCAUCAUACUUAGCCGCAUAAAUUAAAUUUUUACAUUUUUUGAAUUUUUACUGUACUUCUUUUUGUGUUCGAUUUUCUUGCAUUUCUAAACGUAAGAA